AUGGAUGCACUCGGUCGAUACAAAUUGGGCCAAGGAAGAUCAGCACAAUUAGCCAAAAUUGAAAAGAAUAUCGUUAAUUUAUUUUUGAAACACGUAAAAUGUGAAUUCAUGAAUAUAAAUCAGAUCCUUGAAUCUUAUCAAAAGACCUAUCCCGAAAAAUUCAAUUGGGAUGAAUUCUCGCGGUCAUCUGAUACAACAUUUGAAGAAUUUAUUGGUGUCACGUGGCCAAAAACCUUCAAAUUUAAAACGUGUCCUAAGGAUCAAGUAACUUGGAUCGGGGUGAACGUACCAGAAGAAAUCAAUGAUUCAAAUAUUUACUUUGAUUUAAAUUUUGAUGAUUUCGAUUUAAAUUUUAUAAACUCCAAAAAUACCAAGUCAAAUAAAGCCACAAAUUUUAAUCGUAUCACAUAUGACAUAAAAAAUUGGAAUCAAUACGACGAAGUGGAAGAAAAAAAGAAAAAACGGGACGCAGAAGUAAUACUUUGGAAAUUAAAGAAUUUAGUAAUGAAUAAAACAAUGAUGAAUAAGUGUUGUAUCGAAUUUUUAUAUCAAAUGUUAUACGGAAUAAGAAUUAGAUUUCAAAUUAAACUUGAGGAAUUAUUAGAGAACUCAAUUAAUUGGCGAAAGAUUGGAGAUAUGUAUAUGAUGGUGAAAACGAAUGAUCAAGAAUUUGGUGAAUUGUUGAAACAAAAAGGGGAUAGAUUGGAUGACGAUAGAAUCGAUGACUUGAGAAGGGCUUGUUUAUCAAUUUUGUUGGGUGAGAAUUUUGGAGAUACCUUCUAUUAA